GCAAAGGCAGAACAAAUAAGAUGACACUUCCUUUCAUCUCCUCUCAAUUACUAUAACACACAAUGUCAACCAUUAGCUCAGUAUCUUGCUCAAGUCCCCUUCAAAAUGGCUUCUCUCAACGCCUCACGAGCAUAUCCAUUAAUACCCCAUUACAGUUGAAAACGAGAAACCGAUCCUUAAUUUUGUCAUCAAAUGAAUUGGUUCCAACUUAUUCAACGAGACGAGCACUGAAUGUAUCAAUUUUGACGGUGUUACUGUCGAUACCUUUCUCAAGCUCCGCUAUUGCCAUUGGUGAGGUGUUAGAGCUUGAAAGAUACACGGAUUCAGUUGAAGGUUUCACUCUCCUCAAACCCUCUUCUUGGAGUAAGGUUGAUAAAGCUGGGGCAACUGCCCUGUUUCAGGAUGCAAACAAGGGAUCCAACAAUGUGGGCGUUGUGGUUAUCCCUGUAAAAAUAACAACCCUUAGUCAAUUCGGAACUCCACAAUUCGUGGCAGAUAAGUUAAUUCUGGCUGAAAAACGCAAGGAAAGUACAAAGGAGGCUGAAGUGGUUUCAGUAUCGGAGAGAACGGGUGAAGGAGGUCUUCAAGUAUAUGAGUUUGAGUACAAGGUUGAUAGCACAAGGGGAGGGUUGAAGAGGAUACUUUCUGCUGCAUUUGUGGCGUCUGGCAAGCUCUAUCUGUUAAACAUUGCUCACUCUGAUGGGUUAGAAAGUCCUAUUGAUCCGGAUAGAAGAAAUACGUUGGAACAGAUUCUUCAUUCCUUUGAUAUUGCUCCUUCAACUUAAAUCAACAUGAGCUCAUUUUUUUCCCUCAUUGGGCUUCGUCCUGGGAUCAAAACUGAAGGUAUGCCCCAGGUUUUUUUCUUUGGGGGUCCUGUGUUGUAAUUCUUCUACUUAAUAGUACUAACCUGUUUAUCUUUAA